AUGGCUCCCGGAAAGCGUGGUCCUGCCUUUGAUUCAAUGGCAGAACGUUCCUCCAUGAAGAAGAGACGAGCAAAUGAUAAUCCUUGUUCGAGGGAAUCGUACCAUCAGCAGGAUACUGAUGGAAGUUACACCAACACUUUGUCUUCAUCCUUUUCCUUGGCCGGCGCUGAGCAGGCACAUGAGUUUGAUGGAUUCCUGAACUUCAGAGGAGCAGACAAUCGCAAGACAUUCUCCGACUACCUCUACCACAGCCUGAAAGAUGCAGGGGUCCGCGUCUUUAGGGACAGUGAGGAGCUCCAUGUUGGGGAAGAGAUUGACCGUAGGCUCAUGGAAGUGAUUGUACAGUCCAAGAUCUGCAUGCCCAUCUUCUCCAAAGGGUAUGCUUGGAGCAAGUGGUGCCUCAAGGAGGUGGCGGAAAUGAUGAAGUGCAUGACGGUGGAAGCUAAUAAGCACCUGAUCAUGCCGGUGUUCUUGGACGUCACGCCUGAGGAGGUACAGCACCAAACAGGAUGCUUCGCUGAUGCGUUCUCUUUGUACGAGGAGCAGUAUGACCCUGAGACAGUGCAGGGGUGGAGGGAUGCUCUCAAAGGAAUCGUCAAACUGAAGGGUUUGGAACUCGUGAAAGUAGCAAACGGGUAA